AUAACCAUAAAUCCGGGGGUUACUUCAGCUGACGACUAAUUUCUGCCACUGCGUUUAUCAGUGAUUAAUAUAUCAUUAAUCAUUUUUAUCCAUUUUCUUUCAUAAACUAUUACUUGCGUCUUCUUCUAUCUCCUUUGUUACUAAUAAUAAUUAUCACACGUAAUGGCUAAUUGUAAUCUUAACACCAUUCUAAACCUAAUUUCGGUUCUCAUUUUAUAGUUCUGCUGCAAAGUCUAUCCAAAGAAAAUACGAGAGAGAGUUUGAGAUAUUCUCCACCGUCCGCUUUAAUUUCAGAAAUUUAAUUUUCCCGAGAAACAAACACAACUUUUGAGCCACUUUCUGAUCGAAUACCAUGAGCUCGGAGCAGAACGAGUACCAGCCGACAGAGCCGCAGCCGUGCGCGAACAACUGCGGGUUCUUCGGCAGCGCGGGGGCCAUGAACCUCUGCUCUAAGUGCUUCAGAGACGUCCGGAUCAGAGACGAACAAGCCGCUUCGGCCAAAGCCGCCAUGGAAAAGUCUCUGAAUCCGAAGCCUGAAGUACUUAAUCCGGAGAUCCAUAACAGCAAUCAAACGGCGCCGUCUUCCGCGGAAGCGUCGGAUUUCGGCGGCGGUCCGAAGGCGGCGCUGAAGAACAGGUGCUGGAGCUGCAAGAGGAAGGUCGGUUUCACGGGAUUCGUGUGCAAGUGCGGGAGCACGUUCUGUGGGACCCACAGGUACCCGGAGAAGCACGGGUGUACGUUUGAUUACAAGAGUGCCGGGAGGGAGGCGAUCGCAAAGGCUAAUCCCGUUGUUAAGGCCGAUAAGAUUGGGAGGAGGAACUCUUUGAAUUGAGGUGAUCAAGGCGUGCAUUGUCUUUUUUUAUAGUGUUGAAUGUUAAUUAGGGAAUUGCACGAGGAAAAGUAUAUAUUUUCUUUUCUUUCCUUUCCUUUGCUUUUUUUUUUGGUCAAUAUGGAAAGAAUGAACAAUAUCGACAAGUUUCACAAUAUGUCAAAAAUUGGAGGGAUUUGUCUUUUAGGCUCUAUUGUGUAUCCAACCUCGAAAUAAAACAGGAAGAGAGCAUAUGGAAAUUUAAAAUAAAUAAUAAUAAAAAUAAUG